AUGAAAGCCCCGAGCCAACAACGAAAUGCUGAUACAAGUCCAAUGCAGACCGCUACCUCAACUCUCCAUCUGCGCCCGCAGCCUCGAAUAAUACAAUCCCACAGAUCAAGACUAUCUGCGCGUGAAUUUUCUUCCAGCACACCUAAAUACAUCCCCCCAAAAGACAUCACAGCCGGAUUCCCCACCCCGGAACCGGGAUCAGGAAUAGUGCCCGACCUGAACAAAAAUGAAGGGUUUUUGGACGAUGAGGUCGAAGUCGACCCACCUACAGCCCCAAGACCCUCGUUGAAGGACGUCAGGGAAGCCGCGAAGAAAGUCGAACAGCGCCUACAAAAUGCUUCCGCAACGAAAGACGCCUCUCCUAUCGAGUCCGAGUCACGGCAAACACCAUCUCAAGAAACAUCCUCUGAACAACCUCUCAAACCGCUCGUUCCCCCCAAUGUCCUCGCCGCGUACCGUACACCGCUCCGACACCCCAUGACACAUGGCAUCCCAGUCGCCUCUCUCCAACUGCGGAGCUACAGCGUGCGCAAUCUCGAGUUCUACGCCGACUUCGCUGUCCGCGCCGCGUACUAUCUUGGUCUGCCCUGCACUGGACCAGCCCCUCUUCCACGGCGUACCGAGCGCUGGACCCUCCUGAGAAGUAACUUCGUGAACAAAAAAGCGCAGGAGAACUUUGAGCGGAUCACGCUGAAGAGGCUGAUAACCGUGUUUGACGGCGAGCCCAGCGUCGUUGAAGUUUGGUUGGCCUUUCUGCGUAAAUGGCAAUUCUACGGCGUGGGCAUGAAGGCGAAUGUGUGGCAAUUUGAGGGGAUUGACGUCGCUGGUAAAAUGGACCAGGAAUUUAUAUCGCUGGAAAAUGAACUCGAUGAUAAGUUGCGCCUGUUUGGCUUUAACAAACAUGAUGGCCAGCGCAAUGAUUUGGGUCGCUUGAUGGAUAACCAGGGCCAUCGGCAUGUUGGCAUGGGUAUGACCGAGGUCAGGGAGAAAUCCAGAGUCUAUGGAGACCCUUAUUGA